AAGAACGCAAGCAUAAAGAGCAACGCGAGACCAUGAUUUUUCGUCAAGAAAUGGAGUUCAUAUUCUGGAUCAUAACAUUGUCAGUCAUGAGUACGAGCACCAGUGGAAUUACACUGACUUGUUCAGAAGGAAAUUACUAUUAUAGUGGACAGAACUGUACCUUCAGCAAAGUGAUAAUUGAUGAUAUAGCGACGAGUAUAGAGUUCACUCAAAGUUAUUACCAUAACAACCAACUUUAUUUUAAAUUCAUCGACUCUCAAAUGAUUGAAAUCCCAAAAAAGAUUUUUGAACGGUUCACCUCAAUGUCGCAUCUGAGUGCGGUGAACAGUAGCAUUGAAAGCAUUAGCCGGUACACCUUGGAAAGGGCCAGCCAGCUGACGUCGUUGAACUUAUCGAUCAACAAUUUGGCAGAACUUCAAAAUUACGUCUUCGCCGGUGCUACGAAUCUGGCCGUGUUGGAUCUGAGCAGCAAUAAUAUUUCCAACAUCGAAGAAAAAGCGUUUUCCGGCUUGACUUCCCUGCACUCGCUUUUUUUAGCAGGCAAUCGGUUAAAGGUACUGAAAGACAAUGUAUUCACACCGUUAGGGAAUCUCAAAAAACUGACCAUGGCUAGAAACUAUUUAGAAGUACUACAGAGUAAAUUGUUUGCAUCAAAUUCCCGCUUGACGAUGCUGUUUCUGCAAAACAACCAACUAGUUUUGUUGGAACAGGACUUGUUCGAGAACGUCGCAAAGUUGGAGUAUCUAUGGCUGAAAAAUAACAACCUCACGAGCUUUGAACUCAGUAAUGUAAAUGUCAAUAUAGUGAAUGUGAUGAACAACAAACUUAAGCGAAUAGUAAUUAACGCAUCAGUGCAGGAGUUAUACCUCAGCAAUAACAGCAUAUCUGAGAUUGUCGCGAACGAUACAACCGACUUCACAUUGCGAACAUUGGAUUUGUCUUGGAAUAAGAUCACCUCGCUUGAUGCUAUCAGCAACAUACACUCAUUGAAGAUUUUGGAUUUGUCACACAAUAAAAUUGGUGCGCUGAAUUUGACCACCUUUUCAAAGAUGACCGAGCUGUUGGAUUUGAACUUGGAAGACACGCAGAUCUCCAAUCUCCAAUACGGAACAUUUUCGCAGCUAGCGUCACUGACUCGUCUGGAUAUUUCCUACAACAACUUGAACCAAAUCGAUUUGGACAUCUUCACCUCAUCCAAUCACAUGGAAGAAAUUUACAUCGAAGGCAACCGUCUCAAGGCAAUCAACUAUGAAGAAAUUCAUAAAAUAUUUCCUUCUCUGAAACAAAUCAGCAUCGCCGAUAACAACUGGAACUGUAGCUUCCUAACCAAAAUGAUCCGCACCAUGAACGGGCUUUCGAUUGUGGUUGGUGGUUUCAAAAGUGAAACAUUGAUCGCGAACAAGACUAAUGUCAAGGGAAUCUACUGUUCGGAUGAUAAGAACCCCGUUGCCAGUUGGAAUGUCACUGCCAAACACUUGGACAAGUACCUGAAUGAUUCGGAUCGCAUUCCAAUGGACACAGGCGAGAUCAAGCAGAUCAUGCAAAAUGUCAUCGACGACGUCGGUCGAUUCAGUGAACAGAAGGUGUCCCUGGUCAACAGAACCGAUCAUCUGGAAGGGGAAAUAUUUGAUCUCACGAAAAAAAUUUUCUCGCUCGAAAAUGAAAAUUACGAGGUGAAGAAAUCAAUUCUAGACGUCAAACUGGCUCUGAUGGCGAAUGCUACGAACGAAACGUUGGCCUCACACGAUUUGAAAAGAACGAUGCAAGAGAUGAACGAAUUAACACUCGCCAAAAUGAAACAGGUGGAAAGCAGUCUGGAAUUUAAAAUCUAUCAGCAGUCGUUCCAAUUUGAUAAAUUGAAAGAAUCGAUUGAUGAAACGGCCGGAAAGUUGUUGAUGCUAAGCAAACAGAUGGCACUCAGCACCGCUUCUCUGAAUCAUCUCAAUCCUUCGCAGCAGGAGUUGAAGGCUGCAGCCACGGGUUCGGGAUCAGGCCAAGUGUUCAUCAUUAUAAUGUUAGUAGUUUUGGUGGCCAUGCUAGCGAUUGUAUUGGUCGUGAUUCUUCGUAACCGAUUCGCCAUCGGCACCAGCAGAAGAACUUGCUACGGAACUUCGAACACUUUAGCCACCAUGGUGGAUAAUGACAUCUAGCCAGGGGGGCGAGAAAAAAUUAUGCAUUUCCUUCGUAAGUAAAGAUAAGAACGCCAGCUUAUUUGUAUUUUUUUUUGCUAUUCAGCACAGCCUUUCGAAAAUAACCGACUAUCGUUCCUUAUCAGUGAAACUGAACGAAGAACUAACGCAGAACGAGCGUGAUGAUCUAAGUUUUUUUAUAUGUUUACUGUUUGAUCAUAAAUAAA